AGUACAAUAUUCGAGAAUAUAUUAUCUGAUAGUAUUUCUGAUUUGAGAUUUCAUAAUGAUUGAAUUUUCAUUAACUAAUGCUUAUUGGCUAUUUCCCUCUGUCUUCUUUUCUAGGUUUUUCCGGUCAAGAAUUAUUUUAUCAGUAUUCAGAUUUAAUUCAAACUAGUUAUGUCAUUAUUAAUUGUCAAAAGAGUAAAGACAAAAGUAGUAAGCACUGUUAAAAAGUAAAUUUGAAAUAAAUACAAAUAAGACUGAGUUACACAGACGUACAUUCAAUUUAAAAUUAUAAAUUCGAAACAAUGGUGUAAAUAAAAAUUAUGUUAUUAUUUCCCAAAAAUGGAAGAAAUACAUUACUUCUUUCCUAUUUAUAAAUUUUAACGAAAUAAUUCAAAGCUAUGCACAUCAUUUCACUAACGUUAUGAAAUUAUUAAUUUAGAAAAGCAUGGCAGUAAAUUUUCUUUCUUCAGUAAGAUUGUUUCUCUCUCCAUCAAGACCAACAUUUCGCCUACUACUGGUUCCGUUGCGGAGAGCAGGAACCGCCUGUUAUAUUUAUGAAAACUCAUUCAAGGACAAAUAUUCAUCAUUUAGAAGAAGACACUAUAUUGUGGGAUUUGCUUCCUUUGGUUUGGCUUUACUAGCUGCUAGUCAAGCUUACAAUGAAAAGCGCUUCUUCAAAGCUGCAAGAAUUGGCAACAUAGCAGAAAUUCAGAAACAAAUUAUAGCUGCUAAAGAUGCUGGAGUAGGAACUAGAAAGGGCGACGAAGGUCCAGCUGACAGGCGGCACUCUCUUGGUUGGACAGCUCUUAUGGUCGCUGCGGCUAAUAGUCAGCCAGCUGCUGUCAAGGAGCUCCUUAGACUCGGAGCCAGGCCAGAUCUUCGUGAGCAGUAUGCUGGUGCUUCUACCACUGCGUCAUCUACUGGACUUCACCCCCUUGAAGUUCUGCAAAAAAGAGAAGAUGAAUUUUGUGGUGCAAUGAAUGCUCGUGCUUCAUUUCUUGGCUGGACAGCACUUCACUAUGCGGCUCUCGCUGAUUCCUCUGCAUCAGCCCAGGAACUCUUGGAAGCUGGGGCAGACCCCACACUGCGUGAUAAUGCUGGCCGUCGAGCCCUACAUUAUGCGCGAGAUCCAUCGCCCACUCGGGACCUCAUCUUGGAGCACUCAAAGCGAUGGGAGGAAGCCGCAGCGGCCGCUGCUGCAGAACAGCGGCGAAAGUUUCCACUUGAACAGCGCCUAAAACAGUUUAUUGUGGGUCAGCAAGCCGCAAUAGAAACUGUGGCAGCUGCCGUGCGAAGGAAAGAAAAUGGAUGGGCAGACGAAGAGCACCCUCUAGUGUUUUUGUUCUUGGGUAGUUCAGGUAUUGGAAAGACCGAGCUAGCCAAGCAACUAGCAAGAUACAUGCACCGUGAUGACCCUGCAGCUUUUAUCAGACUGGACAUGUCAGAAUACCAAGAGAAACACGAAGUGGCCAAGUUAAUAGGUGCUCCACCGGGUUAUGUCGGGCACGAGGAAGGGGGACAGCUUACACGCGCGCUCGCUCGCCGGGCUGACGCAGUGGUGCUCUUCGACGAGGUCGAUAAAGCACACCCCGAUGUUCUCACAGUUUUGCUGCAACUGUUUGAUGAGGGUCGGCUGACAGACGGCAAGGGCAAACUAAUAGAAUGCAAGAACGCCAUAUUCGUGAUGACGUCGAACCUGGCAGCGGACGAGAUCGCGCAGUAUGGCCUGGAGCUGCGGCGUGAAAUGGACCAGCUGCAGAAACAACGCGCACGCGCACGUGCAGCGGCCGGCGAGCCCACCACGCCGAUCCGGGAGGGUGACCUGCCAGAACAAUCGCUGGAGGUGUCACGGCAAUUCAAGGAUAGCGUAGUGCGGCCUAUACUGAAGCGGCACUUCGGGCGCGACGAGUUCCUCGGGCGGAUCAAUGAGAUCGUGUACUUCCUGCCCUUCUCCCGCCAGGAGCUCCUCACGUUGGUGCAGCUAGAGCUGGCGCGAUGGGCGGAUAAAGCGCGCGAACGGCACAACGUGGAGUUGCGCUGGGAAGGCGGCGUGUUGGGUGCCUUGGCUGACGGAUACGACGUGCACUACGGCGCCAGAUCGAUAAAGCACGAGGUGGAGCGACGCGUCGUGAACCUGAUCGCGCUGGCGGCGGAGCGAGGCGUACUCGGGCCCGGCUGCGGCGUGCUGCUGUCGGAGGCGGAGGGGCGUGUCACAUUGGCCGUGCGCCCGCCCAAGCAGACGCGCUACGAGCCUCUGGACGUCACUGCGCUCUAGUCCGUGGUGAUCGUGCUGGAACAUCAGCUAGCUGUCAAUUUGAAAAAUUGUGAUAAUUACUUACGAGUUAGAAAUGGAUAUGACUCAUAGGUACGGUGAUAGUAAUGCCACAAUGUAAUUAGUAUAUUUACAUGCAAUAUUCCUUAAAAUUGUAAAUUGAUAAGCGACCAAACAGAUACAGGUCUUGCGGAAUUUGCUGUCGCGUUAUAUACGACGUUCUUCAAUACAGUUGCGGGAAAAAGAGAAAGGGCAAAUCAAUAGUUAUUUAUGCAACUGUUGUGUAAUAAGGGGUAUUAAAACACGUAUGUGGGUAAUGAGUAAUAGUAUCACAUGAGUGUUUUAAUACCUAAUUAUCAACCGUUGCAUACAAGACUAUCUACACCCAUAAUAUGAAUUAUCUAUAAAAGAUUCUAAAACAGUUAGCUUAUGGCCAAACAUUGAAACACCUAAUGUCCUAAUAACCACUACAUCAACCUAACGAGUGUUGUAAUGAAAUUCAGUACAACAUUACAACACUCGUUUGGAAGGUAUUGAAGAACGCUUGCAGCAUGAGUCAUGUCUAUAUAUCCAAACACGCAUUUUAGACAAUGAUAAUUUGUAAAUAGAUAAUACUAUUGUGUAUUACAAACAUAACAUAUAACUACCUUGUUUUAUGUUUAAACUAAGGCAUAUGUUGUUAAAUUAUAAAGGUAUAAUAUAAACAGUUAGUUGUUUCUGAGUGAUAUCCCUUAAUUCUGGGAUUGUGUACACAAAUUUAAUUAGUACCAAAGUUUCUGGAACGCGAAAGCGAAAGUUGAACGCCUCACGUGUUACGCCCACGCUCUAUCACCAACAAAGCCAACCCUCCGCAUGUCCGCAUGAUCCUUCUGAACAAUGAGCGCUGGGUCGUAACCCGCUGGGCGCAGGUUCGAAUCCUGCAUCGUCCACAAAUUUUGGUACAGAUUAAAUUUGUAUAAAUAAAGAUAUCAUUUGAUACCAAAUAUUACUCAUCGAAGUACAAAUUGUGCAAUUUUAAUAUCAUAAUAUUUAAUUACCGC